CGAGAAAAUAGCGCCAUUGACCUGCCAAGUUCUCUUGGAGACCCUUAAAUUGUUGAAAUCUGGAUUGACUAUUACUUUAUAUUCAGAGCAUACGACUGUUAUUUAUAAUCAACCUAACAAAGUUAACUUUGUAAUCUGUUUAAUGCUGUCCUUUAGGUAAAACAUUGAUUCUUCUUUUGUGGUGCUUUUAAGUUUUUUGGUUGUGACUACACUUGGCGGCAGCCUUUGUCUUGGCUUCGGAUGAAAAUGACUUGGAUUAGCCAAAAUGAAUUCACCUCUUGAUAAGCGGUGGUACCUGACAUUGCAGGUGACAAGCUGAGUGGGACUUUUGUUACCACUCUUGAGGUUCAGGCUGUGUCCUGCGUUGGUCACAGCAGGAACCAGAUAAAUUCCAAAACAACUAGUCAAUCGUCCCAUGGACAAAAGGCGACCGCAGGACAUUCUCAUGCAGCAACCUGCCAAGAAAAAUAGAAUUGAUGCACCAAUGGCUAUCCGAGGACCUAUACCCAAUGGACCUAUGCACCCACGCCCUCUUGUGGCACUGUUGGAUGGGAGGGACUGUUCAGUUGAAAUGCCUAUCCUUAAAGAUGUAGCAACUGUUGCAUUUUGUGAUGCACAGUCAACACAGGAGAUCCAUGAAAAAGUAUUAAACGAAGCCGUAGGUGCUUUGAUGUGGCAUACAAUCACCUUAACCAAAGAAGAUCUGGACAAGUUCAAAAGUUUGAGGGUUAUCAUACGUAUUGGCAGCGGCUAUGAUAAUGUUGAUGUGAAGGCAGCUGGAGAGAUGGGCAUCGCUGUCUGCAAUGUGCCUGGCUAUGGCGUUGAAGAAGUGGCUGACUCGACAAUGUGUCUCAUCCUAAAUCUUUAUCGUCGCACUUAUUGGCUUGCAAACAUGGUACGCGAGGGCAAGAAGAUAAAUGGUCCAGAACAGUUACGAGAAGCUGCACAAGGUUCAGCGCGGAUUCGCGGUGACACACUAGGAAUUGUUGGUCUUGGUCGUGUUGGCACAGCUGUAGCUAUACGAGCGAAAGUUUUUGGGUUCAACAUUAUAUUUUACGAUCCUUACCUUGGAGAUGGCAUAGAAAAGUCACUUGGAAUCACUCGUGUGUACACUCUGCAAGAGCUACUUUUCCAAAGUGAUUGUGUUACACUUCACUGCAAUCUUAAUGAACAUAAUCAUCAUCUAAUCAACGACUACACAAUCAAACAGAUGAGACCAGGAGCAUUCCUGAUCAACACCGCUCGGGGAGGACUUGUCGAUGAGCAUGCUUUGGCUGCAGCACUCAAAGAUGGCCGCAUUCGGGCAGCCGCUUUGGAUGUUCAAGAAAAUGAACCAUUUAGCCUCGCCACAAGUCCAUUGAAAGAUUGUCCAAACCUCCUGAUCACCCCUCAUUCAGCCUUCUAUAGUGAACAAAGUGUUUCGGAAUUGAGAGAAAUGGCUGCAGGAGAAGUACGGCGUGCGAUCCUUGGCCGAAUCCCAGACAGCCUACGCAACUGUGUCAACAAGGAAUAUUUUACUCAAACCACAAACAAUGUUCGCUUUCCGUUUUCCCCGACUGCCUAUGCUGACACCAUCAACGGGGCAGGCUACACGGCCUUCAACCCAGCGGCGGCAGCAGCAGCGGCAGCAGUAGCCAUGGGCGUGCACUCAACCACCGACCUCCACCCAGUGGUGCCCCACUCUGCCCCCCUGACUGUGGCCCACAGUACCCAUGCUGAUGCCAAUCACCUCAAGGCGGAAAGCUCCGAACCAGGACACUAGCAACUCAGGAUCCAGACUUUGUCAUCUGAUCUUGGAAGUGCUGUGCAUGUUUGCCAGUCCAGAACCUUCACCAUAAGUUACAGAGUUUCACAACUUGGAAGCUUGUAGUGUCUAAGCUUUAAAAUACAGAGAUAAUGAAACCUCCAGUGUUAUGACUGGGACCAUGGCAUGGCACUCCAGAUGUAGAUAAACUUCCAGUUGAGCUUUACGGAGUGUGGUCUGUACCUUUGUCGUUUUUGUGAGUGCCUGUUCACCUGCUUCAUUCAAGUUGAUGGGUGGCAGACUAAAGCAGGACAUGAGACUGGAUUCGGAGGCAUUAUCAAACAAGCUAAAGCUGACCAUUGCAGAUUUUGUGUUAUUUUGCUUUUUUUUUUUUUUUUUUUUUUUUCAUAAGGAUGGAAGAUUUUUCUUUGCAGCCAGAAAGAUGCAAGUUUCCAGUCAGUUUUGUGUGUUGUCAAGUUAUUUGGGGCUUGAAAGGAGGCAACAUUGUUUUUCGCUUCUCAUUGAUUCAGGUUCUGGGGGGCCCAGCCAGCACCCUCGCUUUUUGUCAGCUCCUUGAAGACAUGGCUCAGGCAGGAUGGCUUGCUGAUUGCUUGACACCUUGCCAAAGGGCCGUAACUGAUCUGCAUGUUGUACUUAGCAUGUGGGAGAACAGUUGUGGUAGGCUUCCCACAAGCAGAGGACACAAUGAAAAGUGUGGACUGUGCUGCAUGCUGCAAGUGAAGCACAACCUGUUCUUCCUGACAGAUUUUGUAGCAUCUUUAAAAAAAAACUAAGGCCAGGAAAGUGUUGCAAGAUUUGAUAAGUAAAAACAAACUUUGAUCAAGGGUAAGUAAAAAGAAUCAUAUUUUUGGAAGAUAUCCUGUGUGAAAAGUAGCAUUUAGUUGGGUUUUCCCCCCUCCCCUACCCCAUCGUGUGCAAGGGUCCAAGUUUGUUAUGUAUUAGAGUUUGAGUGUGUCCAGCAUAAGAACCUUGAAUAGCGAUGUUGAACACCAGAAUCUUGGAAUGUGUUUUUAAAACAGAUGUUUUGGGAUUUUAUUGGAAAAUACGAUAAUGCAGAACAUGUGGAAACAUGGCCUGGCAAAGAAAAUUUUGAUCCAGUGUGAAGUUCUGGUGCUGAGAGAUACUUAAAAAAAUCAUCAAAAAGGUUGUACAUUAAUGCUUUAACAAUUACAUUUUUUGUUGUUCAUCUGAUUAAGUACAUUCUUUUAUAUAAACAGGAUCAUGGUAUCUGUGAAUGGCAUCUUAAAGAAGCAAGGAUUUUGUGUUGGUUUUUAAUUUUUUUUUUUUUCACUCUACCUGCUUUAUUAAGUGUUUUAUUGCAAGUAUUUGCAGCAAGUGCGUUCACAAUUUGAAGAGAAAACAUGGUCCAGAUACAAGAUGGCUGAUGAAUUUUUCUUUUGUAUCAGAUUUGAUAUUGUUAUCAAAAACAAGGACUUUUUUCCCAGUCAGAUUUUCACACAUUUAUCUGACUCAUAGGAUGUUAAUAAGUAAAGCAAAAAAAAUAAUCCCUAGACUUAAGUAUGUCAUUCUCUAAUUGUUGCACAUACUGCCAAUGGUGGAUGGAGAUGUGAAUGAAAUUUACUAGCAGUUCUGACUCUAGUACACAAUGUUUUGAUUCAACUCUGCCUUUUGUAAAUGCAUUUCGCUGCUUUCAGUUUCCCACUCUACUCCCCACCACAACUUGUUUUUGCUAUAUAGCCUUAGUUGCUGGCAUGGCAUAAAACACUAACAACUCAUUUUUGCUGUUGAAAAUAAGGCCUUCAAUAUGAAAAGUGUAGUUGGCAAACAUCUUUGGGUUGAUCAUCAGCGGUUUUUUUUUUUAACAGUAAUGUAGCAGUUCAUUGUUCUGAAAGUGGUUUCUUUGUACUAGCACAAGGCUAACAGUAAAGUUAUUAUUGUGUCCAUGGAAAAGUUAUCAUGCAUUAAUAGCAAAGUUUUGCAAACUCCAGCCGAAAAUUGUAUAGAUGGUUUGACAGAUGUUUUCAUCAUGCAGACUAUUUUUGAACUUGCGAUUUACAAGUUCAUGUAUGUAAAUAUCUGUGUCAGCAUAUAUGCUCUAAUUGCUACUGUUCCCCCUCCUCCCCUCUUUACCCAAUCAUUUGGAACAUGCUGCUCUCAUUCAUUUUGAAGUUGCAGAGAUAUUGACCUUAUCUUUUUCUUGUCACAAGUGACGUGUAUAGUGUGCUAUUCUGCACGCUUUGGCUGAAGAUGGAGAAAAUGUGCUCUUUUCCUUUGUAUGAGGACAAAAGCUUUUCUGAUUCUAUGCAUAGGGGUAUUGAGCCCACCCACUUUACCAUUUUGAAAAUGUACUUGUGUGUCAUCCCAUUCUACUCUUUAUCAUUUUUGUUUGUUUCUUCUUUUAUCUUGCAUCUAUAGGAUACUACAUCAUCUUAGAUUUCAUGUUUAGAUUUUAGCUUAGAUAUCCUAGUCAUUGUAUGCUGAUCUGAUCUGUUUUAAGUUUAAGAAAGUUGACUUUUGUUGGUCUUAUUUCUGUCUAUAUUUUACAUUUCUGCAUUUGCUAAUUAGUAUGGUGUAGCUUGUUUGUGUGAGAAGUAACCAUCUUCAUAAUCCAUGUUUCAGUUCUUUGGUAACCAUGGUAAAAAUAAAAAAACCUCAUGUCCUGGAAA